AUGAUUUCUUGCUCGUCAGUCCAACGGGAUGCCUCUGGCAGAGACGUGGCAACUGUUUCCACAUCAAUAUCCCCCGGUAGUACUCCUGACCUCUGCCUUAAGUCACUUUUAUUGUUGUCUCCUUCUGGGCUUCGUGUCCCUCCACACACUCCAGAGCAAUGGAUUUCAACUGUAUCAAAUGCCCCAUUUGCCUUGACGUUAUGGUUCAGAGCAAUGGAUUUCAACUGUAUCAAAUGCCCCAUUUGCCUCGAUGUUAUGGUUCAGGCAAGCACUUUAAGAUGCGGUCAUUCAUUCUGUGAGCUUUGCCUAGAUGAGGCGGUGAACUACGAUGAUCGAUGUCCUGAAUGCCGUCAGUAUACUCAGGGAAUAUGCAUUAUUAACCUACGGUUGAACGAUUGCAUCUAUAAUAUAGUGAAGAGAAGUAACGUUGCUUUAGAUAGAUACAAAAAACGAAAGAGCCAAUGCGAAGCUGCAAUGAGGAUUCGGAGGCAUGCCCGGGUCAUUUUAUUUUCCGUGCUCUACAACAGCCAUAAAGCUCUAACCUUAGCGGAGAUUGUGGAAGAGUGGAGGGUUAGUGCUUCUCACGUACGUAGAUUAUUCCGUUCAAUCUAUGCAAAAGCUUCAAAUUUAAAAAUAAUUAAGAUAAUUAAUUUUGGAAAGAAUUUCGUAAUAUCUUUGAGAAAUAAAAAUGUUGGAUCUUCCUGACU